CCUUCAGGAGACCACCAGGAGGUUCUGAUGGGCCUCCUCCCCUUCUUCCACAUCUACGGCAUGUGCGUGAUCAUGACCUCGGGCCUGUGCAGGGGAGCCAAGAUCGUCACGCUGCCCAAGUUCGAGCCUCAGAUCUACGCCAGCGUCCUCAAGAAGCAUAAGAUCUCGGUCCUCCACACGGUGCCGCCCCUCCUGCAGUUCGUCGCCGCCUCUCCUGCCGUGGCGCCGGAGGACCUGUCGAAUGUCCACACCGUCAUGUGUGGCGCGGCGCCCGUCCCUCCUGCCGCAGCCAUGGCGCUCAAGAAGAAGGUGGCGCGGCCGAUUUUCUUCCAGGAGGGCUUCGGUAUGACGGAAACCCUCUGUACGCACAUGACUCCUAAGGGCGAAGAAAAGCUGGGUUACUGUGGAAAACUCGUCCCUCACACCAAAGCCAAGAUCGUCGAUUUGGAAACAGGAGCUGCCUUGCCUCCGGGAGCUGAGGGCGAACUCUGCGUCCAUUCGCCUGCUCUGAUGGCCGGCUACCACAACAACCCCGAGGCGACGAGCGACUGCUUCGACGCCGAGGGAUGGUUCCACACCGGGGACGUGGCCGUUUGCGAUAACGAUGGCUACUUCUCUAUCGUCGAUCGCAUUAAGGAACUCAUUAAGGUCAAGGGACUGCAGGUGUCCCCCUCGGAGCUGGAGGACAUCCUCCUUCGGCACCCCGGAGUGGCCGACGUCGGGAUCACUGCUGUGGAGGACGAGCGCGCCGGAGAAGUCCCUCGCGCCUACGUCGUGCGCAGGAAUCAGGAUCUGAGCGAGAAGGACCUCCACUCCUUCCUCGGGAGUCGCGUGGCUCCUCACAAGCAGCUGGCAGGAGGGAUCAGGUUCGUGGCGGAGCUUCCCAAGAACCCAACCGGAAAGCUCCUUCGGCGCCAGCUGAAGAAAAUGGCGGACGGCGAGUAAUGACGUCAUAGAGGGGAGGAAGGAAGCGACUUGAAUACUAUAUUCUCACCAGAUCUGAUUACGUAUUACAAUUGCAUUUUCGAUAUAUGCAUAUAUAUAUAUAUAUAUAUAUAUAUAUAUAUAUAUAUAUAUAUAUAUAUAUAUACAUUGUAUACAUACAUAUAUUAUAUGUAUCUAUAUAUGUAUAAAUGCAUAUAUGUGUGUAUGUGUGUGUAAUAAAGGUAAAUAUUUUGUUUUACUUUAAAGCCAAUUUGUGUAGUUCCUCUGUCCCCUUUACAAAUCUAAAGGCACUGGCAGAUGGUUCUGCAUCGUAGCCACUUGUAUUUUCAGUAUUCCUAUGUAUUUGGUGAUAACAAAGGCAAAUGUAUCUGUUGAACUAUAGUCCUGCCCUUAAGUACUGGGUCAUCUGUCGCUAUUGUUUUGAUCGAAAGGUUUUGACAGUUGAUUAAACACUUAAGGCUUAUUUUAUGUAUGUAUUUUUUAAUAUUUUCCGUUUUCAUGUAUGAUUUCUUUUGACAAACUUCCUGCCAGACGGUUAUUUGGUAAGGAGGCGCAUGCUUAUGUAACCAAUGACCACACUCCAUGAACUUUGGAACAAGAUUAGUCAAUAAAAAUGUAGUUUUUUA